GAACUCACUUGGGCUAUCGAGCGGCAGCGCUCGGCACUGUGGCAGGCAGCGGGGGCCGGCCAGGGCGCCGGAGCCGCGGGUUGCGGCAGGGCUCGGAGAGGCACUGACGGGGGCUCGGACAGCGCGGCGCCGGCCGCUGCGAGUACCACUGAGCUCACUCACCUUUGGUCGCGCAACUUCAGGGCCAGGGCGCAGGAGCUCAGGGAGCGCUUGGAGCCUCGGAGCCAGAGGGGCGCGCGGGAGCCUGGCUCGAGAGCGGGCACCGUACGCCCAUUGCGCUCCGAGCCCCGGGCGGCCCUCCGCGCAGCGUGGCUGCCGCUGCCCCCACGGAAGGCACGGGCUGGCGCGGCCGGGCUCCGGGGAGGACGGCGAGGAGGAGGCGGCGGCGGCGGAGACGGCGGCGGCGAGACUGGGGCCAGGGAGAGAGCACUGGGGGAGAGGCGCCCGAGCCGGGCCGCGGGAGCAUGUGGACCCGGAGCGGAGCGCGGGGUGCGCUACUGCUGGCGCUGCUGCUCUGCUGGGACCCGAGCCUGAGCCAAGCAGGCACUGACUCCGAGGUGCUCCCUGACUCCUUCCCGUCGGCACCCGCAGAGCCCCUGCCGCACUUCCUGCAGGAGCCGCAGGAUGCCUACAUCGUGAAGAACAAGCCCGUGGAGCUGCGCUGUCGCGCCUCCCCCGCCACACAGAUCUACUUCAAGUGCAACGGCGACUGGGUCAGCCAGAAUGACCAUGUCACACAGGAGGGCCUGGAUGAGGCCACCGGCCUGCGGGUGCGCGAGGUGCAGAUUGAGGUUUCCCGGCAGCAGGUGGAGGAGCUCUUUGGGCUGGAGGACUACUGGUGCCAGUGUGUGGCCUGGAGCUCUGCAGGCACCACCAAGAGUCGCCGGGCCUACGUCCGCAUCGCCUACCUGCGCAAGAACUUCGAUCAGGAGCCUCUGGGCAAGGAGGUGCCCCUGGACCAUGAGGUUCUCCUGCAGUGCCGCCCACCGGAAGGGGUGCCUAUGGCCGAGGUAGAAUGGCUCAAGAACGAGGACGUCAUUGAUCCCACCCAAGACACCAACUUCCUGAUCACCAUCGACCACAACCUCAUCAUCCGCCAGGCCCGCCUGUUGGACACAGCUAACUAUACCUGCGUGGCUAAGAACAUUGUGGCCAAACGCCGGAGCACCACCGCGACAGUCAUUGUCUAUGUGAAUGGUGGCUGGUCCAGCUGGGCAGAGUGGUCACCCUGCUCCAACCGCUGUGGCCGAGGCUGGCAGAAGCGCACCCGGACCUGCACCAACCCUACCCCACUCAACGGAGGUGCCUUCUGUGAGGGCCAGGCCUUCCAGAAGACUGCCUGCACCACCGUGUGCCCAGUUGAUGGCGCGUGGACGGAGUGGAGCAAGUGGUCGGCCUGCAGCACUGAGUGUGCCCACUGGCGCAGCCGUGAAUGCAUGGCGCCGCCGCCCCAGAACGGAGGCCGUGACUGCAGCGGGAUGCUGUUGGACUCCAAGAACUGCACGGACGGGCUGUGCAUGCAAAAUAAGAAAACUCUAAGCGACCCCAAAAGCCACCUGCUGGAAGCCUCGGGGGAUGUGGCGCUGUAUGCGGGCCUUGUGGUGGCCAUCUUCGUGGUUUUGGCUGUCCUCAUGGUGGUGGGGGUGGUGGUAUACCGCCGCAACUGCCGUGAUUUUGACACUGACAUCACCGACUCAUCCGCCGCCCUGACAAGUGGUUUCCACCCGGUCAACUUCAAGACUGUGAGGCCUGGCAACCCGCAGCUCCUGCACCCGUCUAUGCCUCCCGACCUGACCGCCAGUGCUGGCAUCUACCGCGGACCCAUGUACGCCCUGCAGGACUCCGCCGACAAGAUCCCUAUGACCAACUCACCCCUGCUGGACCCCUUGCCCAGCCUCAAGGUCAAGGCCUACAGCUCUAGCACCACAGGCUCUGGACCAGGCCUGCCAGAUGGGGCCGACCUGCUGGGGGUCCUGCCAUCUGGCCCGUACCCUGGCGAUUUUACCCCGGAUGCCCACUUCCUGCACCUGCGCAGUGCCAGUGUGGGCUCCCAGCAGCUCCUGGGCCUGCCCCGAGACCCCGGGAGCAGUGUCAGCAGCACCUUUGGCUGUCUGGGCGGGAGGCUCAGCAUCCCCGGCACAGGGGUCAGCCUUCUGGUGCCCAAUGGAGCCAUUCCCCAGGGCAAGUUCUACGAGAUGUACCUACUCAUCAACAAGGCAGAAAACACCCUCCCACUUUCGGAAGGAACCCAGACAGUAUUGAGCCCCUCGGUGACCUGCGGGCCCACAGGCCUCCUGCUGUGCCGCCCCGUCAUCCUCACUGUGCCUCACUGUGCUGAAGUCAGCGCAGGCGACUGGAUCUUCCAGCUCAAGACCCAGUCCCACCAGGGUCACUGGGAGGAGGUGGUGACCCUGGAUGAGGAGACCCUAAACACGCCCUGCUACUGCCAGCUGGAGGCGAGGUCCUGCCACAUCCUGCUGGACCAGCUGGGCACCUAUGCACUCACGGGCGAGUCCUAUUCCUGUUCAGCAGUCAAGCGGCUGCAGCUGGCCAUCUUUGCCCCUGCCCUCUGCACCUCCCUGGAAUACAGCCUCCGGGUCUACUGCCUGGAGGACACGCCCGUGGCACUGAAGGAGGUACUGGAGCUGGAGCGGACUCUGGGCGGCUACCUAGUGGAGGAGCCCAAACCCCUGCUCUUUAAGGACAGUUACCACAACCUGCGCCUCUCCCUCCACGACAUCCCGCAUGCCCACUGGAGGAGCAAGCUGCUGGCCAAGUACCAGGAAAUCCCCUUCUAUCACAUUUGGAGUGGCAGCCAGAAGGCCCUACACUGCACUUUCACCCUGGAGAGGCAUAGCCUGGCCUCCACAGAGUUCACCUGCAAGAUCUGCGUGCGGCAGGUAGAAGGGGAAGGCCAGAUAUUCCAGCUGCACACCAUGCUAGCAGAGACACCUGCUGGCUCCCUGGACACCCUCUGCUCUGCCCCUGGCAGCACGGUCACCACUCAGCUGGGACCCUAUGCCUUUAAGAUCCCACUCUCCAUCCGCCAGAAGAUAUGCAACAGCCUUGACGCCCCCAACUCACGGGGUAAUGACUGGCGGAUGCUGGCACAGAAGCUCUCCGUGGACAGGUACCUGAAUUACUUUGCCACCAAAGCAAGCCCCACAGGCGUGAUCCUGGACCUCUGGGAAGCGCUGCAGCAGGACGAUGGGGACCUCAACAGCCUGGCCAGUGCCUUGGAGGAGAUGGGCAAGAGUGAAAUGCUGGUGGCAGUGGCCACUGAUGGGGACUGCUGAGCUGCUGGCACUGCAGGCUGGCAGGGACUGGCAGGAGAAGGGUGCACGGACAGCUGGGGCAGCCUCCUGAUGGGGACGUUCAGCCUCUGUUGCCCCUCAGCUCACAGCUGGAGUUGCCCCAUCUCCUCCCCUCCCCUAAACCCCAGACCACAACUGGCCUUAGAAAAUCCAUGUACUCUGUUGUUAGAGGACCCAGUGUUUCUUCUUCACCCCCUGCCAUCUCUCCUGGCCUCAGACUGGGUUGGGGCUGGGGCCUUGGAGGCAGCUGGGGGGACAAGGAGGUGGCCGACCUCCACCCCAGCCCCGCAACUUCUGGGUUCCGUUGGUUUUAGCCACGUUCUUCAUUUUCUUCCUCUGUUGUUGACGUGCCCUCCUCCCUCAGCCCCUUCUGCUGUCACACCCUUUUCCUCUUUGAAGAGUCAAGUAGAACUCAGACAAACUGCUUUCUCCCAUCCAAAAGCAAAAGGAAAAGGAAAGAAAGCUUCAGACCGCUAGUCAGGCUCAGAGAAGAAGAAAAACACCAAAACCACAAGGGAAAAGAAAAACCCAGUUUCUUAGGAAACGCAAGUGAUUUAUUAUCCAGAUAUUUGGAUAAGUCCUUUUUAAGAAAAAAAGAAAAAGAAAAAGAAAACAACACACACAAAAAAAAUUACAAAAAGCUCUUUUCUUAAGUGUGGAUGCGAGUGGGCUCGGAGUGUGUGUGUGUGUGCGUGUGUGUGUGUGUGUGUGUGUGUGUGGUGAAAGAGAGAGAGAGACAGAGAGAGAGUGGACAGGGAAAACUUUGCUGCUAAUGAAUCUGUUUGGGACUUAAUUCUGACAAGGCCUCGGUUUCCCCAGUUGCGCAGGGGCAUGUCAGAUAGGGUUUUAGUUGUGGUACCAAAUUCCCUCUAAAAUCUUAAGCAGAUGCUGAAUCUCGGAAGCCAAGGAACCCUGAGCACUGGGGUGUGUGGGGUCCUGCCCCCACAGCUCAGGCUGAUGCCCUCAGGCUGCUCUGAGCCCCUGGGAUCUAGAUUAAGAGGCGUCGGUAUGCGAAAUGAGGGGAGGCCAGGCCUGCUGCAAGCCAGGGAGAAUGCUUGGUCUGGUCUGGUCUGGGUCUGGUGGCUCCUGGAAAGGACAUGUGGCCCAGAAAUGGAGCUUAAGCAGAGAGACGGAGUCGGAAAGGGGAGUCCUCCAUGGGUACCUCUCUCCUCAGGGUGGGGCUAGCCAGCAGCCUGGCAGUCUCUAGACAGGUGGGCUGUGGCUGAUUGGCACUCUCUUGAUGUCCAGGAAUCCAGAAUCUUCUCUUGCCCAAACUCAGUUUUCCCUUUGGGUACAAGGACCUCUGUUGCUGCAAAAGCCUGAGCUUCCCAGCCUCUGGGUGGCUUCAGGAGGAUGUCAGCACCCUCCAGCUGGGAGGGUGGGAGGCAGGUGGCCUGGCUGUGCUUUGCACACGCAGAAAGGGGGAGGUAGAAAGUGACCUGCCCAUCUCUCAGCUCCACAGGCACCUGCUCUAACUCUCUUCUCACCCACCCUCUGAGUCUGGGAAAUCUGAAAGUGACCUUUCUGAAUAGGUGGGUUUGCCAGAGUGGAGGGCCUGGCACACACCACCCCACCCAGCCUGUCCUGGGGACCCUGAGUGGGGAAAGAUGAGUCCCUGGCCCUGUGCAGCUGGCUGGCAGUGGCUGAGACUAGGACCUGGCAGCUGACACAGAGCCUCAUCAAGACCAAUCUUCAACGCUCAAGGCAAGGCCAUCCCCCUCCAAGCACCUCUGAGUACUGACCCCAGGGCUUGUCCGACUGGGCCCUAGAGCAGCCACUGGAACCAGCCUCUGGACCCUGUCUGGGCCUCUGAGUCUGUCAACCCUCAUGCCUGUCUGGACACUACCUCAGACUCAGCAAGCCCUCUUUGCCACAGCUGCCCAUUCCCCUGGGUUCAGCCCCUCUGGUCACUGGUAGCCCAAGCACAUGUGUGGUCUCUGUCACAUACCUUUGAGGGCAGUCUGACUAGGUUGGACCACACAUGUGCUAUGCCAGGCUUUCCUGGUGCCAUUCCUAUCAGAGGCUCUUAAAUGUCCACAUGGGACCUGGGAGUCCAGAGACCAGGAAUCAAAUUCCAGCUUAGCCAUUAAACAGCUGUGUGACCUCAGACAUAUCACGCCUUCUCUGGACUUUGGUGUCCUUUUUAUACCUACAAGGCUGCUCUCCAAAGCCCUUCAGGUUACUGCCAGACUUUCUAGGCUUCUGAAGGAAGCCCCAGUGGGGAGCAGUUGAGUGUGGACUGCCCUGCCCCUCCUCCCUUCCUUUUCCUGCCCUGUCCCACCCAGCCUCAGAAGCCUACUUGUUCAGCCUCAGGAAUGGGAGCUCCGCAGAGGAGGCCCAGCCAGCCACCCAGGUGGCAUUUCCAAUCUGACUUCCAGAAAUUGUGUACCAUGACCUGGAGCAUGGAACCAAUUGACUGGAGUGCCCUGGGAAGGUUCAAACUGUCCAGUUUUAUAAGAAAAGCCCAGAAAGGGUUUAUUGACUCCAUCAAUCUGCCGAGGCUACUGUGACUGUCCCUACGCUGCCUGCCUCUCCUCCAGACCCGAGAGCAGACACUGAGGUGCUGUUGGGGGGCCUGCAGGACCCCCGCACAGGUGUUCACAUCUCUCUCGUCUCUGGGGUGUGCGUGUAUGUGCGUGUGUCUGUGCGUGCCUGUGCUCUUCUCCGCGGGCACAUCGGGGUGCCUCUCCAGAUGCAUGUGCACACGUCCCCCCUUGUGUGUGGGGGGGAUGCAUGUGCACACGUCCCCCCUUGUGUGGAGGGGGGAUGCAUGUGCACACGUCUCCCCUUGUGUGGGGGGCGGUGUGCCUGCCUCUUCGGCCCAGUUCUGGCCAUCUGGAGGUUGGCAUGCCUGUCUCUUGCCCCCAAGUCCACAGGGUCAGUCGUGUAUCUUCUACGUGCCUCUCCUCUGCCUUCUCUCACAGUUCCCCUGGCUCCAGAGCUUGGCGCAGGGGUCCUCCCAAGGUGCGGGGGUCCCUCCUCAUCUGGACUGUCCAGGGCCCUCUAGCUCCCAGGCAGCUGAGCCAGGUCCCUUAGCAGGCCUUCUGAGGGGAGGUGACCAGGAGCUUGGGUGUCGGGAACAGCUCUCCUGGGGGCAAAGGGCUGGACCCCCUGCCUGGGCCAUGGACAUGGUUAUUUGCCCAGGGGGCUGCAGGACCCCAGGGAUGGUCCCCAAUCCCACCUCUGUCUAUUCUGUAAACUACAACCUGUAAAUAACCUUUAGCAUUCCUAUUGUAACAAAAUUAAUUUUUAUGAAAUAAAUUAUAUUUCCUAGUCUAAUAAAAAAUUCCAGGUUG